ACUGCUUACACACAUUUCCAUUGUUUACUCACUGUUACUUGCUUUAAUGGCGAAUUUGUGUCCACCUUUGAGUGCAGGUGAGGACACGUUCGAGCUGCACUCGUUGCAGCUCGAGCUGGAGGCCGUGGAGAAGCAGAUCCAGGAGCUGUUGGUGAGGCAGACGGAGCUGAGAGAGCGGAGGGCCGCUCUGGAAUCCUCCCGGCUCCCGUGCACCCUGGACGCGAUCUUCCCAGAUGUCCUUCACUCCGGCGCCGGGACACCACGGACCCUGGGUGCAGCAGCAGCGGAAGACGCGAGCCAGGCCCCGGCCGAGGACCUCGCCCCCUCCGCCGCCUCCGGUCUUCGAGAUCUCCACCCGGAACCGCUUCGCUCCCCUCUCCGCGAGACGGAACGCGACGCUGUGAUCGUCGGAGACUCCAUUGUCCGGUACGUACGUGCUACUUUAGCUAAAGGUAAAGUCCACACCCACUGUUUUCCUGGUGCUCGCGUUCUCGAUGUUUCUGCGCAGAUACCCGCAAUCCUGAAGGACGGCGAGAGCGUCGGCGCGAUCGUCCUGCACGCGGGGGGUGAACGACACCAGGCUGCGGCAGACGGAGGUUCUGAAGAGGGACUUCAGCAGCCUGAUCGAGACGGUUCGCAGCACGUCGCCCACAACGAGGAUCAUCGUGUCAGGACCGCUUCCCACGUAUCGACGUGGGCACGAAAGGCUUUUCCGUGCGGAUGGCCUGCACCCCAGCAGAGUCGGAGCGGAACUGCUGUCGGACAACAUCUCCAGGACGCUACGCUCCAUUUGACUAGAAUUCACAAGCUCCAGUCUGGAUCCAGAACACUUAAGAAAAGAUGAUGCCAACCCCACAGAGGACUUCAGAUGAUGCCAACCCUGAAAAC